ACUUUCAAGUUUAUUUGUGCUUUUGUCUAGUUUCUUAAUUAACAGAAAUACGCGUUCAAAAUAUAACAGAUUAUUAGAAACGUAAGACACUGGUCUGACUAAGAAGAUUUUAAUGCCAGUCAUGAGACAAUGAAAUAAUGAAUGAAUAUAUUCCUUCAAACAUAAACUUGACGAAGAAAAAUGGUAUGCUUAGUGUCACAAAAGGUAAGCAGCCAACAACAACAAAAGUUAGAUCAAAACUCGCAAGCAGGAAAGUUAUUUUUGAAGAUCCUUUAUGCCUGAAUGACAAAGACAUCGUUGCUGAUGAGCUACUGGUUCAAAAAGAGGCUGAUUAUCUUAGUAAUAACCACAAUAUCAAUAACGAUUUUUCAAAUAAAACCGGUGGUAAUUUAGAAAGCAUCAAUGACGAUAUUGAACUAAUUGAUUUGAAAGGAAAGGUUCAAGAUUUGUCAGUGCAGUUAGAAGAAAUAUGUAAAUAUUCACGUCCAUCUUUAAAUGAAAAUGAUGUAUGUUUCUGUCAUGACCUCGUUGGUGGAAAAUGUUUAUUACCACAAAAUCGUACUUAUACUGACUCUCCACGGUUAAAAACCCCGCCAAAAGUUUGGUUCUCUAAACCAGAUUGUUGUCAGUCGUGCACAGUACCAUGUUGUGUUAAAGCUGACUCAAGCUCUACAAAUUUAUUGAAUAAUCCGGAAAAGUUACGACCACUUACUGAUGAAGAAUUACUACAGGAUAAUUUAAAUGACAUCAGACAUCGUUUAUCAUUACUACAAGAUAAUUAUGCAUCAAAACAUUUACCAUCAUCUGUAUCAAAUAAAAUUGAACGUGAUAUUGAUGAACAUUUGGAAAAACUCAAUAAAGAAAAUUCAAUACAAAAGCAACAUCAUGAUUUACCAACUAAUCGAAAAUCAACAUAUCAAACUAUCAAGGGAAAAUCAUUAACUGAUCAGAAAAAAUCAGUUGAUCAUCAGUCUUUGAAAUCGAAAACAAAACCAACAAUUACACAGAAACAAUUUCAGUUAAAUCAACAAAAAAAUAGAAAAGUUCCAAAAGAAAAAUUAAUUCAUUCAUCUUAUAAUAAAUUACAAUUACCUAAUAAUAAAUUAAAAUGUGAAAAUAUAACAAAAUCUUUAAAUGAAAAACAAGAUAAAAACUUAAUAAAAAAUAUCAGCAAUUAUGAUAAUGGUGAUGAUGAUGAUGAUGAUGAUCCUGAAAUAACUUUGGAUAAAUUAGAAAAAUAUUUGGAAACUUCUGAUAUGAUUAUAGAUUCAAAAGCUGAAGAUUUAAAAACAAAAAAUACUCAACAAGAAGCAAAACUGGACGAAACAAAAGAAAUGGUGAAUGAACUUCGUUCAGUUUAUCGAGAAAUAAAAGACUUAUUACUUAAUGUUCGUAAUCGAAUUGAUGAAAACAACAGUAUGAAAUUAGAACAAACAGAGAAAAUUGAUACAAAUACAAACUCAAACACCUUACUGUCAAACUCCCAACCUGUACUUACUCCUGGUACUUUACUUCCAAGUAUUCGACUUGCAAUGGAAUAUUCUGGUAAAACAAUUUCACCUACAGAUGAUAUAACUCAAUUAAUAUCUACUUUACCUGAUGAUCCUCUUGUUAAAGCUUCAACUGCAUUGUAUGAACUUAAUCGACGACGUAAUAAUCUAGAGAAUAAUCUUGCUGCAUUAGAAUCUUCACAUAAUGAUCAAUCGAUUUUCGGAUUACUUGAUUUAUUAAAUAAAGAUAAGUCAUCAGCGGAGAAAGCUCGCAUACAAGCUAUGAUAAAUGACGCAAUUGAGAAAGUUGUUCAUGAUAAAAAAUCAGAAAAAAACAACAGAUCAAUUGGCCGCAUUUCACGACUAACUCAACCGAAAUCUCAAUUAACCACUCAACCAAAACAAAUGAGGGACACAUCAAGUUCUUGUAGUUCCCCAACGAGGUCAAGAAAUGUGAUUGAUUUAUUUCAUCAACCUAAAUUAUACUCUACCGAUCGUUCUCCGUCACCAGUAACGCUUACGUCUCCAUGGCGUUUGAAUAGACGAAGAGCUAAACGACCAUUAUAUCCACGUUCAGUUAAUGAUCCCGUUAGGCCACGGACAGCUGUCCUACGGUUAAGUGAUGAAAAUCUAACUGGGAUUUCUUCUUCACAAAGACGAAUGCAAAGAUCUAAUUCAAAAGUUGUACGAUUUAGUGAUCAUCAAAAUGAUGAAACAAUGGAAUCAACUACAGAACCACAACAAAUACAAUCAAAUAAAUAUAUUAAUAUGCAAGCUAAAAUUUUCACAAAACCAAACUCAGGUAUAAUUCCAUUAGGUAUGUAUCAAUAUUCACUUGCAAUAGGACCUAGUAAAAAAUAUAAUAAAGAAGAUAAGCUAAUUUCUACUGAUACAUCUGGUUUACUUCAUGAAAAAGGCACUGGAUUUUAUUUUCAGUCAAAUCAAUCAACUGAACAACCUUCAAAUAAUUUCAAUGCCUUAUCUCGUACGGAGUUGGAAGAUAAUAUUUUAUCACGUCUUGUCUUACAGAUCUCUGAUCAGUUAGCUAAAAAUCAAUCGCAAAGUCAUGACACUUCAUCCAAAGAAAAUUUACAACAUUUGGUUGAAACUGCACUAUUAGAACGUAUUGGAUCGAUGCUUUCUCCAGCAUCAGUUAGCCCUAAUCCAACUAAUCAACUACUACGAACAGAACAGCAACAACUCAAAACACCGUCUUCAUCACCUGACCGGACUAGUCAUUUAGGUCUACUGGAUAUUCCUACUCCGAUGGAUAGUAUAAAUAAGAGUGAAUUACCUUAUCCAGAUGAUUUUGUUCACACAAAGAGUAAAACACCAGAACCAAAAUCAAAUUGGCAACCAUACAAUCCGGAUGAAGAAAGUAUUUUUAGAAAUCACGAUCACCACCAACUAAUCCCCAUCAUAUUUCUACACCUGAACCAUCAUUUGCAGAUAAUUUCAGUCUUCGAUCCAAAUUACGUUCUCAAUCUUCAAGUCCUAUAAAACAAAAAUCCGUUAUGAUUUCACCAUUCCCAUCAAGUCCACAAAAAUAUCCAUCUGAGAAAAAUGUUUCUGAGAAAUCAGCUGGAAUUUAAUUCACAAUCACUGAAUUCCAAUUCAACUGCUUUAAUUGAUACAAAAAGCUCAUCAUUUACUGAACAAUUCAGUCUCACUGCACCAGAUACAUUCAGUGAUGGAAUGUGGUUAUUAGAUCGUUCCGAAGGUGAAGCACCAUAUCCAGUGCCAUAUAAUAAAUUGAAAUUAAUUAUGUCUAAUAUGGAACCAAUUCGAAGUUCAACAACGAGAAGAAAUAAUUCUUUAACUCAAACAUUUAGUUUAUCUAAAAGUACUUCAAAUUCUUCAAAUACUUCUUCAUCCGAUAAUACUAAACAAUUAAAACAGGAUGAAAUUAGUCCAGGACAAUUACCAAAUGUAUUAACUACUAAACAACACUAUUCAAAUGAUAAACAAAUGAAUCCACUUAACAAUCCAUUACUUCAUUUAUUAGCAUU